AUGCCGGCCAGUCGCACUAGCACAAGCCCAUACCCAGACUACGACAUUCACAAGGUGAUCCAAGCUGUUAGGAACCCCACCCCGGACCUGGUCAACGUCUUCGCCCACCGCGGCGUUCGCCUGCUGGGAGGCACAACGGAGAACAGUCUGACUGCAAUUGCAGCUGCUGCCAGGGCUGGAUACGAGGGAAUCGAGAUCGACUUGCGCCUCACAAAGGACAAGCGGGUUGUCGUGUUCCACGACGCCGGUCUAGGGCGAUUGACUGAUGUCAAGUUGCCCAAGGGAGAGACCUACUACAACCCCUUCACUGGCAAGGGCUACAGCCCUCUCGUCAAGGAAACCAAAUGGGUCGGCGAGAUGGAGCAUCUCCAUCUCCGCGAUGACAGUGGCGGCGUCACAGAUGAGCGCCCUGUGCUCCUGAAGGAACUGCUCGACUUCAUGCGGAUAGAGGGCAUUACCAUGCUCGUUCACCUCGACAUCAAGGACCCAGAUCUCUUGCCCUAUGCGUAUGAUAUCAUUAGCAAGGCUGUCAACCCUGCAGGCGUUGCUGCCAUGGAAUGGUGUCUCUGGAAGCCACCUGCCCAUCUAUUCCCAACCCCCGAGGUUUGGGAGCGUCAGGACUGGGUGCAGCGCGCUUUGAAGAGUGGCCGGGGCAUGGCUUUUGUUCUCUUGCAUGAGAAGGAAGACGAGAAGACGUUGGACUCGAUUAAGGCCUGGGCAAAGUGUGACUACUUGCUCACGUUUGAAUUGCACGUCCCUCUUAUCGGCGGGCAGCUUCAGUCGACUCUCGACUGGGUUCUGUCUCAGGGUCACGGUGUUGGUUCGUGGUACAUCGGAGGUGAUGUUCCGCGACAGUACUAUGACGAGGACACGGACGGAGGGCUGUUCUGGGACGACUCCAACUUCCGCAAGGACAUUCUCGCGAGCGGCCCCGGGGUCAGGGCGAUGUUGCAGGAAUGGAUUGGCUUGAUCUCUGCGGGCGGCAUAAUUGGACAACCACCGAACAACAAGGACACAAGGGUUGACCUUGAUGCACUCGUCAACAAGCAGCGCUUCACGUACAUCGUUGCCGACCCCUUUUACGAUCUGAAUGCCGAGUUGACCGCCAUGGGCAAGCGCAAUGUUACUCGCAUGCUGGCGACAAGGCUUGAUGAAUGA